CAGCCCCGAAAAUAGAUCCGAAUUUGUGACGACCAGUGCUUUUUGGCAUUGACGCACAAGCGAAUUUGAAUUGACCAUGAGCGCGAGCAAAGAGGACGUGAAGCGGCGACAGGUGAUCGUGAUCCUGGAGCAGGCAGCGCUGGAGACGGUCAAGACGUCCAAGGGCUACCAGCUGCUCAAUUGCGACGACCACAAGGGCAUCCACAAGAAGCUUAACCGCGAUGCUAGCCAAUCGCGUCCCGACAUUCUGCACCAGGAGCUCAUGGCGUUGCUCGACUCGCCGCUCAACAAGGCCGGCUACCUCAAGAUGUACAUCAAGAGCACUAAGGGCGUGCUCAUCGAAGUGAGCUCGCAGAUGCGCGUACCCCGCACGUACAAGCGUUUCGCUGGUCUCAUGGUGCAAUUGCUACACACGCUAAAGAUCCGCUCGUCGGACGGCAACCACACACUACUGAACGUGAUCAAGAACCCCGUGACCAAGUACCUACCGGCCAACUGCAAGAAGUACGCACUCUCGCGUACCGGUACGCUUGUGAACCCGUGGGAGUGGGUGGAGUCGUUGCCUAAGGACGAGCCGGUCGUGUUCAUCUUCGGUGCCAUGGCUCACGGCCACAUCUCCAAGGAGAACUGCAACUACGUACGUGCUUCCUGGCCUUUCGAGUUAUUGAAUAGGAGUGCAAUGAACAUUUAUGUAUGUGUGCUUGUAUACUGCAGCUGGACGAGACUAUCUCGAUCUCCGAGUACCCGAUGAGCGGAGCCCAGGCCAUCUGCCGUCUGCUGAAUGGCUUCGAGCGUCACUGGGGCAUCUUGUAACUUUAUUCUCACUUACUCAUCAUCAUCUCUGGGGCUUCUCUACUGCUAGAUCUAGGAACUGAGCCGAUGGCAGUGAAAAUGAAGCGUGUGCAUUGAGCAAAAAGGGU